AUGGGGGUACCGAAAUUCUUCAGGUACAUUAGCGAAAGAUACCCCUGCUUGAGCGAAGUCGUAAAAGACUACCAGAUUCCCGAAUUCGACCACUUGUAUUUGGACAUGAACGGAAUCAUUCACAACUGCUCGCAUCCCAACGACGACGACCCGCACUUCCGCAUCUCCGAAGAAACCAUCUUCCAAGACAUAUUCCACUACAUCGAAGUGCUGUUUCGAUUGAUCAAGCCCCAGAAGCUGUUCUUCAUGGCCAUCGACGGGGUAGCUCCCCGAGCUAAAAUGAACCAACAGCGGGGUAGGAGAUUCCGAUCCGCCGCCGAUGCCGCUAAAGCCGAAGCCGAGGCCAUCAAAAAGGGCGAGAAGCUUCCCGACGAGGCCAGGUUCGAUUCGAAUUGCAUUACUCCUGGAACGGUGUUUAUGGCUAGAUUGCACGAGCAGCUCAAAUAUUUUAUCGUCGAUAAGAUAUCGAACGAUCCUCUGUGGCAAAACUGCAAAGUAAUUUUAUCGGGACAUGAGACGCCUGGGGAAGGGGAACAUAAAAUUAUGGAUUACAUUAGGUAUUUGAGAGCACAAACUGGUUAUGAUCCCAAUACAAGGCACUGUCUUUACGGUCUUGAUGCUGAUCUGAUCAUGCUGGGGUUGUGUACUCACGAGCCACACUUCAGUUUACUUAGAGAAGAAGUAAAAUUUGGCAGGAAAGAUAAUAAAAGGAUAACAGUUCCCGAGGAAAUAACGUUUUUCUUACUACACUUAUCCUUACUAAGAGACUAUUUGGAACUGGAAUUCAGUCCUAUUAGAUAUCAAUUGAAAUUGUUCGAUUACGAUUUAGAGAAACUAAUCGAUGAUUGGGUUCUAAUGGGAUUUCUAGUGGGCAAUGAUUUCAUUCCUCAUCUACCCAACUUGCACAUAGCCGAAGGAGCGUUGCCGCUUCUCUACAAGACCUACAUGGAAGUGCUACCCACGUUGGACGGCUACAUCAACGAAGGCGGAAAGCUGAAUUUGACGAGGUUCGAAAUGUACAUGCGGAAGCUCGGGGAACAAGACAUGGUGAAUUUCGAAAUGAUUCAAGACGAUAUGAUGUAUUUGGAAUCGAAGAGGGGAGAUAAAUUUGAUGAAUUAGAUUGUCUUGGAGAUUGGGAAGAGGGACUCGGUGACGAUGGUUUACCAAUCGGAGAAUCUCCUGAACCGGAACCGGUCAGAGAUAGCGGGUUGGAAGCUUUAUUGAGAUCAGUUGAUGAAUUUGUGAACAAUUCCGAGUUUGCGAAUUUCAAAAGCGAUUAUUAUAAAGAAAAAUUAGAGUACGCAAACGUGACCGAGGAGGUUUUAAAGGACCAAGCAGUAGGCUUCGUCAGAGCCAUUCAAUGGAAUUUGAACUAUUAUUAUAACGGUUGUUGCUCAUGGUCGUGGUUUUACCCGCACCAUUAUUCACCCUAUAUCUCCGAUAUAAAGGGAUUUACCGAUUCGAAAAUCGAAUUCGACAUGGGCAAACCCUUUCACCCCUUCGAGCAACUUCUCGCCGUCCUUCCUGCUGCUAGUAAAGAAUUACUACCGGAAUGUUAUCACGAUUUAAUGACCGACGAACAUUCCAAAAUUAUCGAUUAUUAUCCUCAAGAUUUCGAGUGCGAUUUGAAUGGCAAAAAGCAAGCUUGGGAGGCUGUAGUAAAAAUCCCUUUCAUCGAUGAGAAACUCCUUUUGAACGCUAUGAGUACUUGUAAUGACAAUCUCACCGAGGACGAGAAGCAGCGCAACAGCCACGGGCCGAUGUUGGUGUACUCGUACACGUCCAAAAACAACGGGAUUUAUCCAGCGCCCUGCUACUUCCCGGAAGUCCUGAACAACCACACCGAAGUCAAAACGUUGACCUACAAAGAAGUUCUGGUGCCCGAAGCGAAAUUGAUUAAAGGCGCUUAUCCCGGCGCCCAUAUGAACGUUUAUUACCCGGGCUUUCCCACCAUGAAGCACCUACAAUAUAAGGGCGAGGUGCAAAUGGCGCACGUGAAAGUGUUCGAACAACCGAGCAGAAACGAGAGCAUGAUGUUGCAUAUUAUACCGGAAUCCAAAUUUGCCGGGGAUUUGAUACCCGUCGAUUUGUUGGGGUCUAGCGUGUUCGUCGGGUGGCCUCAUCUUACUGAAGCUAUUGUGGUGGCCAUUUCGAACAGACGUAAAAAAUUCCUGAGCCAAGGAGGGCCGAACCAGUACAACGUCCACGAACUCAAAGACGGGGAAAUGAGAGAAUUCGACAUGAGCAUCAGCGGCAUCAAUGAACACAACAAAAACCGCUUGGGAAUACUGUUCGGCGAUAUAAAAGUGUUGGUGUACGUGCGACAAUUGAUUGGGAAAAAGUUCGUUUGCAAUUCGAAAGGAAAGCUCGAACUCCAGAAGCAGUACGCUCCGAACGUGUCGAGCCACCCGUUGCAGAGCAUCGUCUACGACAUCAAAGCCUACGAUCCGCUGAAAAACGUGUCGAAGAACGUGGAGAUCGUGUUUCCCAAGAACGCCAUGUGCUUCACGUUGGCCAAUCCGUUCUACGGUUCCCAGGCUGCGGUUUUAGAUGCCGCGCAAGUGGCUACGAACGGACGAAUCAAAGUGUCCAUAUCGGUGUUGAAGGAGCCCGAUUUAUCGGCGAUUAAAAAAAUGUUCGAUAACGUCAGCAAAAAGUACAAACCGGCUCAUUAUUUCGCCAGCUCGCUAGGCAUGUCUAACAAUCUGUUUUCUAAAAUAACCGGAGCCAUUUACGUGAGCGACACGGGCGACGGGAAACGCGUGAACAUCGGCCUGGACUUGAAGUGGAACAAGAAGAAUAAGGAAACUCCCGGUUACACCAGGAAAUUCAACAACGUUUGGUUGUACACCGACAAAACCGCUGAAAUAGUCGACGAAUACGCCGAUAAAUUCCCCGAAGUGUUGGAGUUUUUGAGCAAGAAUCACAACGAUGAGAUGACUGUGGAUAAAGUGUUUCCCGAGGAUAGUCACGAAAAAUUGGUGGAAAUAAGGAAAUGGUUGAAAUCCUUACCGACCGAAGAUGUCGAAAAAACACCAUGCAACAGCAUCAAUUUAGAUCCAGACGCCAUAGCGGAAUUGGAAAAAAUAGUCGAUUCCUUCGACAACUCCGAAGUCAAGAAGGUCACCAUGCAAAUUAAACCCACCUUUUUAUAUAGACCCGAAAUUCAGUGCGGCACCCUGGAGCCCGAUCCGAAGGCCAAAACCGAAAUCCUAGACAGAGUGGUCAACGUACGACCGGGCUAUACAGUCCCAUUCGGCCACAAAGGCACCGUAACGGCCAUCAGACAAACCACGGCCUCCGAAAGAGACACCGUCUACGAGGUAGUCUUCGACAAACAAUUCAAGAACGGAUUGAAGCUGAAUUGCUCCGACAAAAGAGGCUACAUGCUGCCCAAGCACGCGUUCGUCAACAUUUCCUACGGCAAGCGAUGCGAAAUAGAGAAGAUCGGAAAUACGGACGAAUUGAUGGCGAAAGCGGAGGCGUUUAACGGCGGACAGAACGGCAAGGAAAGCGGCAAUUUGGGCAGUCUGAUCCGGCCGCAGCCGUCGUUCCAGCAGCCCUGGUACGCUGCUCAAAGGCCGCUGGGGCCCCAGUCGCAGCAGGCGCUGAACCAGGCCAGUUCGGCGUUCGCGCAUUUCGCCUCGCCGAACUUCGCUCGGCCCGAGGCGAACGACGAGCAAGGGCUCGCCGAUGGCCAGCAGAAUCGCGAUAAGAUUAUACUCAAACGCGACAGGAGCGCCGCGCAAAAUAAAAACGCCGGUUGGAAGAAGCUGGACGAGAAGGACGUUCGGGAAUUUUUCAGUGGUAAAGAUGAUAAGGCUUUGGAGAAGCCCGCUGUGGUGGAUAAUAGAGAAAAAUCGGCUCAGAAAAAUAAGGAGUCGGUUGAGAAGCAACUGCCAGGCAAUUGGCGAGAGCAGUCCGCUCAGAAUGCGGAGAAGGCGCAACCAAAACCGGAGGGGGAAAACGAAAAAUCCUAAUUGUUUCAUGCCGAACUUCGCGGGGAAGGACGCCGCGGAUCGAACACCUAGGGCAACAACAGUAGACACUAAUUUCCUAAGAAACAUGCUGGGCAUAGGUAAUCCGCCUGCCAAUUCCCAACCUAAAGCAACCAAACCCGGUAACAAGCAGGAAACUAUCUCCUGCAACGUUUCGUUUGAUAUGUUAGCGCAAGUAGCCAAUGAACCGGCCACCGUUCGAUUACUCACCUAUUACCAGUCGAACAAUCUAGGUUUGCCGAGGUAUCAGUAUUUCCCAGUAAACAGGGGCGUAUGCGCCCAAAUCACCCUCAACAACGGAAAAAUCGUCAUGGGCGAACCGGCCAAAAAUCAGGAAGAGGCCAGCGAGAAGGUCGCCUACGUCGUUCUGAAGGAGCUGCUCAAAAACGGCAAAUCAGUCAAUCAGAUACACAAGGAAAACAUUCCAACGCCGCCGGUUAAUUGGGUGAAUCCCGAAAAGAGGGACAAACCGCAAUCGAAGGCGAAGCAAUACGCGAAGAUGGGUAACGGCAACGAAGUCUCGGCCACUUCGGUGUUAAACAAUUCUCUAGUGCCCUUGCAGGCUGUUAAGAGCCAUUUCAACAAAUCGACCGCUUCGCAAAAUAACGCAGCGAAAAACGAGAGUGAUAAAAAGCCUUCGAACUCGGCGGUUACGACCGAAAAGAUUAAAGAAACGACCGCGGUGAAUCAACCGAGUCAAAAUUCGCAAAAACCGAAGAAACAAAGGAAAGCGAGGAUUGCGGCCAAUUUUUCCGUCAAAAAAUAA